AUGAAUACAGGUAAUGACGAAGCUUGGAGGAGUGGAGAGUCAGAGCCUAAAGAAGAUGUUAUUACAGACAGAACUAUUGCUUGUGAUGUUGAUUUACUUGAUAACGAACGUGAUGAGAAUAUACCAGAUGUACACUAUGAUCCUUAUUUUUACUCAUCUAUAAAAACUUUUACUGGUGAAGCACAACAAACCAAUCUUUUUCAAGAACAAAAUCCCGAACCGGAUCAAAUACAUAUGAAGCCGUGGACUUCUAUCACUGAAGACGAAUUAUGGAUAAUGAUUGCUAUAUUAAUAAACAUGGGUCAUGUUGUAAAAGGGCAACUAAAGGAUUAUUGGAGCCAAGAUCCACUGCUGUACAUUCCAAUAUACGGCAAAAGUCUAUCUCGAAAUAGAUAUCUUCAAAGUUUACGAUACCUUCACUUUUCUAAUAAUAAAGAAGUUUCCAAUCAUCCUUUGAAAAAAAUCAAACCAGUGAUAGAUCAUUUGAAAGAAAAGUUUGGUAAUAUUCUUAUUGCUGGUGAAAAGCUUUGCAUUGACGAAAAUUUAGUUUUAUGGAAAGGGAAGCUAAAAUUCAAACAAUUCUUACCAUUGAAGAGACACCGAUUUGGUAUGAAGAGAUUUGAAUUAGCGGACUGCGAAACAGGAUUUCUCUUAGAUUUUAUAGUAUAUACUGGCUCAGACACUGAUUAUGAAAAAUUUGAUUUAGGCGUUUCUGACUACUUACAUGACAGAAAUACUGGUCUUUGUGGAACUGUAAAAAAAAAUCGUAAAGAAAUGCCAACUCUCAGUUCAAAGCUAGAUUGUGGUGAAACAGAAGUUGCCCACACCGAUUCUUGGAUG